CCCGAAGAGAAACCGGGUAAAACACGGUGAAAUCAGUGUUUCACCUACCUUAGGACACACUUUGUUUUUAAGUGACUCUUUUAUAUCAAAAGUUAUUUUUCACUUUUUUUUGUGACAUAUACGGACUCUUAAUCUGCGAAAGAGAUCUGUCUCAAAAGAAAACUUGUCCAGCAAUCCGAUGGUGUAGCAUUGUGACUAGCGAAAAUGAGACCUAUUUCGAUACGGGAACAGAGAGUAGAAUUUACUACCUAACUCUCUAUUUAUACUGAUUUCGCCUUUUCAGAUCAAGAUUAUAACAAGCUCAAAGCAUUGUCUGCUCGCUUUAAAAAUUUGAUUGCACUAUGUUCUCGAAAAAAAGUCCGAGUAAAACAUAGUGCAAUCGAAGAUAACAAACAAGGACUGGAAACCUAUGGAACUAGUACGAAUUUUGGAAUUUAUGAACUUUAGAAGUAUUGAAUUUAUGACCUUCUGAAUUUUCGAAUUUAUAGAAUUCACGAACUUUGGAAAUUAUAGAAUUUACGAACUUUGGAAUUUAUCAACUUUAGAAAUAUUUAAUUUAUGACCUUCUGAAUUUUCGAAUUUAUUCGAAUCACUUUGAAGUUGAGAUCAAACUUGUACACAGUAGUUUUAUUAACACUCUCUCUCUUUGUUUAAAUCCUUUCUACUUCUCAUAAGAACCAUAUUAGUAGUUUUUUCUCGUGUAUUUCUCAAUUAUGGUUUGCCAUAUAACUGGCAUUUCAUCUCAGAAUAAAAGUGAGAACGGUUAAAUGUUUUAUAGUUCGUCGGUGAGUUUUACCGUAAGGUAACGUUUGUCAUAUGUGAAGAAAACAUUCACGCUUGGACUUACAGACAAUGUAUAUCUGUAGAUAUUAUCGCUAGGAUCAGUUCGUUAUUAGAGCCAUCUAAUAUUCUGCGUAUGAGGCGGAAUGGCUAAGCCCCAAUCCUCCGUGUGUUAAACAGAACCGAACUGAUCAUCGCUACAUCCUGAGAGUCACUAACGGCAAAGCGAUAUUACACCCAGGAUACUCACAAUUGUUAUAACAUCAACCUUUCAUGCAUUUCUCACUUCUGUGCAGUUUUUAUUUUGAGACCUUUACACAGCAAACAUUAACUGAGUCUUUAUAAUGAGAAAGCCUGUAUAUUUGGUUCAUUUCAUGAGAAAGAAGAACCACUUUUGACACCCACAAUGAAUGGAGAAAAGUUGCAACUGUGCGACAGUAAAAUAGAAAGGUUUUUGUAUGAUCUCUCUUAUCAGUAGUUUAUUGUGUGACACGUAACGGAAAGAGAAACACGAACGUGAAAAAGAAUCAGUGACUUGAUCGGUUAAAAAAACGUAUUUUUCGUAUUCACUAGACGUUCGUUUUAGCACUUUGUGUAGAUGGCAUUAGUUGAUACAGCCGUUUAUUUUGAUUAUUCAAUAAAAAUGAUACAAUUGCGUCCAAGCGAUAAAUUAUUUGAUAUAGAAAAUACAUUAAAAACGAUCUUGAUGUCGAUAUGAAUGUGCACCGUAUACAAUUUUUUGAUAACAGGGUGGGAAAAUACGUUAACCUUCAUGAAAACUAUUUUAAUGAUGCUAAUGAACUUUUAUUAUGGUCAAAAAAUGCUAUUAUUGAGCUACAAGUUGUAUCACAUUAAGAGCAACAACAACAACAACAAGGUAUUGACAUAAUUUUAUAAUAAAUUUAUAAAUAAAAGUCAAAUUUAGAGCUAUUUUAUUGCGCAAGAGAUUUAAGCCUUUGCUAAAUUUUUAUUUUCUAUAUAAAAUAGGUCAUGAAUUCGCAAUAUAUUUCGAAACUUUAUGCCUCAGAAUGUUCUGUUUGUCCAAGUAAUAUAUGAUCUUUUUCUUAUAGGUGUAGAUAAUUAUGAACAGGAUACUCAAAAUGAAACGAAUAACUCAAAAACUGACAUUGAAUAUUUGAUAAUCUGGUUUGAUCAACAUAUUGGUAGUCUAGAUUAUUAUAAGUUAUUAAAAAAAGAAUUUGGAAUGACAAUCGAUCCAACACAAGAAUAUAUCAAUAUACCUAAAAAAGAUGAAGUUGACAUCGAUAACUUAAUUAGUGUACGUAAUGCUGAAUCCAUUCAAGAUUAUCCAUUAUUAGCGUGUGAUAAGGCAGAAGAUUUCUUGAGACUUCUAACUGAAAAUGCACACAAACGCAUAAUCGUUAUCAUAUCUGGUACAUUAGGUGAAGAGUUCAUGUCAAAAAUUUUCGAAUAUUCACAUGUUGAUUUCAUUUAUGUAUUCUAUGGUAACAUAUCAGCUCAUGUUAAUUGGGCUGUGGAAUAUAUUGGUGACGAAAAACAAUUAUUAAUGUUUGAACAUGAAGAAAAUUUACUUGCACGAAUAACACGUGAUAUGGGAAAAUAUUUUAUGGAAAAAGGCAAUAUUUAUUUGAAAUCACAUAACUCACAGGAAGCAUUAAUCAAUUUUACCCGUUCAAAAAAGCUCAUGUUACGUGCCAAUGCACUCGACAAAGAAAAUAAUGGAAAUGAACUUGCAUUAUUGAAUGGUAAACCGCCAAACUAUCAGGGUCUCAUUUUCCAAGCUGAACAACAAGAAAACAAAUAG